GAAACAGCUCCUGUGUAGCGUACUUUUGUUGAUAAACUUUACCGUCGGUUGGAAACUACUCCACUUUAUACUACUUUGGGGCAUUAGUCAGGUUAACGUAACGUUAUUUGUAAGAAUGUACACCGUUAGCUUGAGUGCGGAGAAGUUGUAUUUGGCGUCAGCAGUGUAGUUCACGGACCCUCGGCUACAUGGGGAAUUAGCAGCGCUGUUUUACAUCGUCAAAGUUGUGCGUGGUUUAAGUUUUUUAGCAAACAUGUCUCAAUUGUCUGACCCUGACGACACGACCCCGUUGCUCAGGGAUGAAGCGAGCAGUGAGGACUCUCAGGAUGAAGACUACAAGAGUCGGUGGAAGUCCAUCCGAGUUAUGUACUUCACCAUGUUUCUCAGCAGUGUAGGUUUCACAAUUGUCAUCACAUCACUGUGGCCCUAUUUACAACAGGUUGAUGAUAGUGCCAAUGCCACCUUCUUGGGAUGGGUCGUGGCGGCAUACAGUCUCGGUCAGAUGUUGGCCUCGCCCAUUUUUGGCCUUUGGUCCAACUACCGGCCACACAGGGAGCCGCUUGUGUGUUCCAUCACCAUCAACCUGUUGGCCAAUAUCUACUACGCCUACGCAUACCUGCCCACGACCAACAACAAGUACCACGUACUCGUGUCUAGAGCCUUUGUGGGCGUUGGCGCAGGUAAUGUCGCUGUGGUGAGGUCCUUUGUUGCAGGCGCUACAUCACUGAAGGAGAGGACCAGUGCCAUGGCGAACAUGAGUGCCUGUCAGGCCUUGGGUUUCAUCCUGGGACCAGCUCUGCAGGCCUGCCUGUCGUUCAUCGGUGAGCACGGUGUCACGGUGAAGGUUAUCGACCUGCAGCUCAACAUGUACACAGCUCCUGCUCUCCUAGCCACCGCCUUUUGCUUCAUCAACAUCCUGCUGGUUGUUUUUCUGCUGAGAGAUCACCAUGUUGAUGAGCAUGGAAGACAGAUCCGAGCCAUCAACGACACAUCGGAGGACGGAGAUGAUGUUCGUGAAGAGCAGACCAUUGAUCAGGUAGCAGUCCUGACUUCCAACGUUCUCUUCUUCAUCAUCAUGUUCUUCUUUGCGGUCUUUGAGACAAUUGCCACCCCGUUGUCCAUGGACAUGUUCGCUUGGACAAGGAGGGAAGCUGUGCUAUACAAUGGCAUCAUCAUCUGCUGCAUUGGAUUGGAAUCCAUAUUGGUGUUUCUAGUCGUAAAAGUGGCCUCUCAAAGGGUCGGGGAUCGUCCUGUGUUGCUAGCUGGCUUGGCAAUUAUAUUCUGCGGUUUCUUUAUUCUCCUGCCAUGGGGAAAUCAGUACCCUAAAAUCCAGUGGGCAGACAUCAAAAACAACUCUAUGAACAGCUCUCUGGUCAGUCAGACGUCUAAAGCCGCUAUAGCCUCCAACAACUCCGUGGAGCCAACAGGCUGCCCAUAUGAACAGACCUGGUGCCAGUAUACUCCUGCCAUCCAUCUGGCCCAGUACAUCUCAUCUGACAUCCUCAUCGGGGUGGGGUACCCAGCCUGCAACGUGAUGUCAUACACACUCUAUUCCAAAAUCCUCGGACCCAAACCUCAGGGAGUGUACAUGGGCUUGUUGACAGCCUCGGGGAGUGGCGCGCGGACAGUUGCCCCGAUCUUUGUCUCCCAGGCCUAUACCAUCCUUGGACCCCGCUGGGCCUUCAGCAUCAUCUGUGGCAUAGUGCUAGGGGCCAUCGUCAUCCUCAGCUCUGUUUACCGCCGACUCCUCCCCUUUCCUGGACGCCAUGGAAGGACUAUUCAAUAAAAAGUAAAGAUAUCCCCCCCCCCCCGGAGCUGUAAAACAAGGGGGAACACUGCGCUGGACAGCCUGAUUUGCCUAAUAUCACUCAGGAUUGCCGCUGCCCUUUCACUGGUUGUGAGAGAAGAAGCCAUGUGAUGUUUGGACUCAAACAUAUAUUGGUUCUUUUUUAAUACCAGGACUACUUUACCAAAAUAUUCUCAGAAUAUCUUUAAUUCAAUAAUAUCAAAUAUGAAAAUCUACAGGCAUGCGGGCUGUGCAUAGGAGCAGCAACCAUGACCUCAUCAAGGGCACUUUAAAAUAAAUGCUCUAAAAUUGUUUGAUAUUUAGUUUUUACAAACCGAAAAUGUGCUCAGAAUUAUAUUUUAUUAUUUGUAUGUGGCAUUCUUUGUGUGAUGAAUUUCUUGAAAAUUGUCAUUUCGCUGUUGAAGUGGAGAAUAUUAAGAGAUUGUCAGUUUUAAUGUGGAAUGAUAGUUGUCAUGCAAGGAAAGUUUACAUAAAUGUGAAACAACUUUUUUUCCAAAACAAAGAUAUUGAAAAGAUGUUAUUAUUUAGGUUGACGGCUUCACUGAUGGUUGUUUGGCGCUACUGGUCGUGGUUAUGCUGAAAUGAUAUGAUAUUCCUUUAUUCGUCCCACAGGGGACAUUUCAAUGUGUGGUGAAAGCGGUGGCGCUAAUGAUUUUCUAUGUAAUAUAUUAAAGGAGUAAUGUUCUCUUAAAAUGUAAA